AUGACUAACCCACAAGACAAUCCUGGAACUCCUCCACUACCAUCUCUCUCAAAUUCAACCACACCUUCUCCACCCAGUACAUCGCCAAAACCCAGACUACGUAGGCUGAAAAUACUUGCUCGAAAUAUUGUACCGUCUGGGGCUCCUAGGAAGAAAUUAAAUGAAAAGUUUAAGGGAAGCCAGGGCCAAAACUCCAGCUCUAGCUCUGAUUCUGAAUCAUAUCAAUCCGCUAUUGAGGGGGAAGGACCUGGGUCUUCUGACUCUGAAAAGCCUCAAGAAUCUCCAUCUAAGGUAAUUUCUUCUGUGUCUGAGAAUCUAGAAUCUAGGUUCAUUCUGAUUGGGUCUGUUAAGGAUGUAGAAGUACCAGGGUCACAAAGGAGUGGAGAAAGGGUAGAAGAGAGUGGCAUGAAGUCAGGGGGAAGUAGUUCUAGGGAAGCUACUAAGGGGUUGGUUCAUCUGAGCACACAGAGAGAUGAACUUGUUUCAUCUACUAAAGAGACCCUAGCAGACCUACUGAAAAAGGUUGGGGCAAGUUAUGACCCAAAGAGACGCAGAACUCCCACAACAAAAGCCCCUAAUGUUCCUAAGCCUUCCAAGAAAAUAAAGGCUUCAUCCCCAACACCUACUGCCUCUUCACUGCCAAGGGGUAGAGCCACAAGAAGUAGGGUAAAGCAGAGUGAAGUUGAUCUACAAAGGGCUUUAAAAGAGAGUAAGAAAAAGAAAAUGGAUAAAGGAAAGGGAAAGAUUGCAGAACCCUCAAAGGCUGUUGAGGAAGAGGAGAUGGAACUGGUCCAUCAAGAAAGAGGUACAUUAGUGGAGGUUCCUACCCCCAAGCCUAAAAAUACCAAGACCUUCUCCAAAAAGUCUUCCUUUGUGUCUGAGGCCGGUGAACCUACACUAGACAACAGGACAAGAUCUGGUAGACUGCUGAAAGACCUGGUGGAACCAAGAAUGAUGGGAUUGGUGGAUACUUUAGCUGCUCAGGGAUGGAAGGACAUGGUCCUUCAGAUGGAUGGUAGGCUAGCCAGAAAUGAGCUAAUUGAAUUUAUGGCCAAUGUUGCGUUUGAUGCAAAGAAACUGGGAGAGAUCCUGGACAUGCCCUCUGAAGGGUUUGAUGACUAUACAAGGCAAAGGUGGCCCUGCCAGGACUCCCUUCCUGCUGCUCUUGCAAUCACCAUGAGGUUUUGUGAUUCAGAAGAGGUUAAUGAAGCCAGGGCGGUGCAGAAAAGUGAAAUGAGGCCUGAGCACAAGGUCUUGUCUGAAUUUGUCAACAAGUGUUUAUUGCCCAGACAGGAGAGAAGGCACAUUGCUAAUUACAUGGAUCUAGUUCUUAUGGAGUGCCUGGAGAAAGGAAAGCAAAUCAACUAG